CUUGGGCGGGUAUAGAGGAGAUCUGCACCUGUCGAAUGGACUGUCUGCCUCCAAACAGGGACAAACACAUCCAGGACAAGUGAGGAAGACUCCCACAGCGCCAGACAGCUGCAUGUGGUCAUGGGUACACUUCGGGACCUCCAAUUUGCCCUGCAACUGAAAAUUGAGGAGCUUCGCCAGAGGGACACACUAAUAGAUGAGUUAGAGCUGGAGUUGGAUACAAAGGAUGAACUCAUUCGGAGACUGCAGGAAGAACUGGAUCGCUACAGAGCCACUGUCUCCCUCCCAGGAUCCUCCGCAGCCAGUGCAGCUUGCUCUUCUCAAAGUGAGGACUUGCAGAGAACCAGUAGGAAAACAGUAAUUUCAGAGCCCUUCACUUUGGAUCCUGUGACUCUCGCCAUGGUCUCACAUAGAAGCUGUGACAAAAGCCAGGAAUCUCAGAGGCUGAUUCAGGCUGCCUUUCUGAAGAAUGACUUGUUGAAGAACCUUGACGAAGGAGAAAUCAGAGCCAUCACAGCUUGUAUGUAUCCCACCACCAUCAAUCAAGGCUGCUAUGUCGCUCAGGAGGGGGCCAACGGGGCUCAGGCGUAUGUUUUAGAAGAAGGGCGGCUGGAUGUGACAAAAGACGGACUGAAGCUUCUCACAAUUGAACCAGAAGACAUGUUUGGAGAGCUGGCUCUCCUCUACAACUGCACCAACAUCUACUCUGUCUCAGCGCAAAUGGACAGCAAGCUGUGGGUUAUUGACCGCAAAAGCUACCAGACCAUACUCAUGCAGAGUGGUCUCAACCGCCUUUCUCAUUCAAUGGAGCUGCUAAGCAGCGUUCCCUUCCUGCAGUCUUUGCCGGAGGAUGUCAUCAUGAAAAUGUCUGAUCUUAUGGAGGAGACACACUACACCGAAGGUGACUACGUCAUCCGACAAGGAGCUGCAGGAGACACCUUUUAUAUCAUUAGCAAGGGCCAGGUGAAAGUGACAGAAAAGAAGCCGGGCCAUGACGAGCAGAUAGUCCUGUCUAAGCUCGCCGAGAGACAGUGGUUUGGAGAGAAAGCUCUGUGGGGAGAGGAUGUUCGGACAAUGAAUGUGAUUGCUGCUGGUGAUGUCACAUGUUUGGUCAUAGACAGAGAGACCUUCAAAGACAUCCUUGGAGGGCUGGUAUUUAACCGCAGUAAUGAGGUGCAGCAAAGCCUUGAAUCCAAAAUCGAGUCAGAAAAGGAGCCUGAUCCCUUCUCAUCUUCCACCUUAAGUGAUUUCCAGAUCAUCUGUACUCUUGCAGUUGGGGAGUUUGGUCACGUAGACCUGGUGCACCUAAAGAGCAACGUCAAGUGUCUUUAUGCCAUGAGGGUCCUUAAGAAGAAGCUGAUCCUCAACAAUGGUCAACGGGAGCACAUCCUGAGAGAAGGGCACAUUCUAAUGGAGGCUCACUGUCCAUUCAUAGCCAGACUAUAUAAAACCUUUAGAGAUGCCGAGUGCCUGUACGUUUUGACAGAAGCUUGUCUUGGUGGGGAUUUAAGUAGUCUGCUCAAAGAUGAAGGAUGUCUGGAUGAAUGCAGCACCAGGUUCUACACGGCUUGUGUUGUUGAGGCCUUGACCUUUUUUCACUGUCGAGGUGUCAUCUAUAGAGAUAUCAAGCCUGAAAAUGUUUGUCUGGAUGAACGUGGUUAUGCCAAAUUGAUUGGCUCCAGAUGUCUAAAGAAGAUUAAGGUGGGUAAGAAGACCUGGACGUUCUGCGGCACACCAGGCUACAUGGCACCUGAAAUCAUCUUAAACAAAGGCCACACUUUAUCUGCAGACUUCUGGUCACUGGGGGUUUUAGUGUUUGAACUUCUGAGUGGUGGGCUCCCAUUCAGCGACUCUGAGCCGAUGAAGAUUCUCACUGCAACCAUUCGUGGCAUCGACCAGAUCGACUUCCCAAAAACCGUCAGCAAAAGUGCCUCCAGCCUCAUAAAGAAACUGUGCAGGAGCAAUCCCUCGGAGAGGCUGGGCAGUCAGAGAAAUGGGGCCAAGGACAUUCAGAAGCACAAGUGGUUUGAAGGAUUCAACUGGGACGGACUCUGUAAAGGCACAUUGAACCCUCCAGUUAUUCCUAAAGUUAAGGAUCCUUUGGACAGCAGCACAUGUGGUCAUUACACAGAGGGCUCAGUGGAGCUGUGCACAAACUGGGAUGAUUUCUGAACUGGAUAAAAAAAAAUAGCUAGUAGCUUUCAGGUUUAGUCCUCAUAAAUAAUUCACUGCCCCCAGUCUUACUGCCAUCAAAAAUUAAUUAUAUUUUCACACAAACAAAUAUUUUCCACAGUACCAGUAACUGCAGUUAUUGUUUAAUAAAGUAACAGUGCUGCCUACAGUGUUGAGCUCAGACUGUUAAUCCUUAUAGAUUUGUAAACAUAGGAGGCCAGUGACGUCACUGCUGUUGAAUGUAACUCAAUAAAUA